GCCGGCGCCGGCGGGAUGGACCUGGAAGUCUCGCUGCUGCCCACCGGCCCCAAUGCCAGCAACACCUCGGAUGGCCCGGAUAACCUCACCACGGCCGGGCUGCCGCCUCGCACAGGGAGCGUCUCUUACAUCAACAUCAUCAUGCCUUCAGUGUUUGCUACCAUCUGCCUCCUGGGCAUCAUUGGGAACUCCGUGGUCAUCUUCGCGGUGGUGAAGAAAUCCAAGCUGCACUGGUUCAGCAACGUCCCCGACAUCUUCAUCAUCAACCUCUCGGUGGUGGACCUCCUCUUUCUCCUGGGCAUGCCCUUCAUGAUCCACCAGCUCAUGGGCAAUGGUGUCUGGCACUUUGGAGAGACCAUGUGCACCCUCAUCACGGCCAUGGACGCCAACAGUCAGUUCACCAGCACCUACAUCCUGACCGCCAUGGCCAUUGACCGCUACCUGGCCACCGUCCACCCCAUCUCCUCCACCAAGUUCCGGAAGCCCUCUGUGGCCACCCUGGUGAUCUGCCUCCUGUGGGCCCUGUCCUUCAUCAGCAUCACCCCCGUGUGGCUCUACGCCAGGCUUAUCCCCUUCCCAGGAGGCACCGUGGGCUGUGGCAUCCGCCUGCCCAACCCAGAAACUGACCUCUACUGGUUCACCUUGUACCAGUUUUUCCUGGCCUUUGCCCUGCCCUUCGUGGUCAUCACAGCUGCGUAUGUGAGGAUCCUGCAGCGCAUGACAUCCUCCGUGGCCCCCGCCUCUCAACGCAGCAUCCGGCUGCGGACAAAGAGGGUGACCCGCACGGCCAUCGCUAUCUGCCUGGUUUUCUUUGUGUGCUGGGCACCCUACUACGUGCUUCAGCUAACCCAGCUGUCCAUCAGCCGCCCGACGCUCACCUUUGUCUACCUGUACAACGCGGCCAUCAGCUUGGGCUAUGCCAACAGCUGCCUCAACCCCUUUGUGUACAUCGUGCUCUGUGAGACGUUCCGAAAACGCUUGGUCCUAUCGGUGAAGCCUGCGGCCCAGGGGCAGCUUCGAGCCAUCAGCGAUGCCCAGACGGCUGAUGAAGAGAGGACAGAAAGCAAGGGCACCUGA